AUGAACGGGUUCUCGCUGAUCGCGUUCUUCUUCUUCGCCCUCGCGACUGUUUUCGGUGCUUCCGCGACUAUCAACAACACCAACACGACCAACGCCGUCGUCGUUGAGAUGCAUAACGCGACCCACCCCACCAUCUUCAACACCAUCUUCUUCUCGGCUUCUGGGAACGACAUCGUGCCUCGACCGGUCAUGGGCUACGACAUCGUCCAUCGCCUAGUCGAGGCCUUGACGAGUACGAGCAGCAGCCCCUUCAACGGCCACCUCCCCCUUUUCUUCAUGAAGGGGGUCGAGAGGACGACUCGCCCUGGACCAUUCGAGGGCAACAGCGCCUUCUACUUCAACUUCAACUUCGAGAAGAAGAACAACAACGUCGAGCCGGCUCGUCCCGGACCUCUUAACGUCAACGACAUCUUCGUAAUCUUCUGCAACAAGAUCAAUAAUAAUAACAACAACAAGGAGAUCAUCAUCAACAGCAACUCGUUCGCGACCCUCGAGCAGGACGUCGCGCCCGGCCUGGCCCGCGGCUUCGCGACUCAGGUCGAGGUCGAGACCGAGUUGGGCUCGCGCAAGGCCUUGUCGCCAUCAUCAUCGGUCAAGCGGCACCUCCAGGCCCUCGGGGCCUUCCUCUACUCGGCCCUCCCGUCGAGGCCCACACUCCUCCCCUCGUCGUGGCCGUCGGUUGAGGUGUCCUCGUGGGCUACGACUACUACGCUUCCGUCAGCGCUGGCGGGAGUCACCAACAUCGCGGUGCCGCGGUGGGUGGCGAUGUUCGCGGCGCAGGUGGUCGGAAGCGGACUGCUCUACGCGGUCUACCUGUGGGCCAUGAAGGACUCGCUCCCCGCGCCCCAAGCCCCGGCCCCGGUCCUGACGCUCCGCCGCUUCGUGAGCGCAUCCCGCCGUCGCCACAACGCCGCAGGCCAGACCGCCGCCGUGGCCGUGCCCCAGGCCCCCGUGGUCCGGCCCCCGUGGUCGAGGCCCAGCAGCCCGCCGCCGCCGCCGCGUUCCAGGCCGCCGUGGUCGUGGCCAUGUCCCAGCAGGCCACCGCCGCCGUGGCCGGCGUGCUCCAGGCCGCAGUGGUCCUGUCCAUGA